AGAAUUGGUUUGCACACGGGUAAUGAAUGUACUUGCCGGUGUAGUUGGGGUAACUAUGCCUAGGUACUGUUUGUUCGGGAACAAUGUCACACUUGCCAAUAGGUUCGAAUCUGGCAGUGAAGCCACCAAGAUCAAUGCAAGUCCUACAACAGCAAUAUUAUUACAAGAAGGUUUUAAACUGACACCUAGGUCACGUGAUUGUCUACCAAAAGGCUUCCGAACAGACAUUGAAGGAACAUGUUAUUUUGUGGAAUCCUAUAAGUUCCCUUACACAGAGCUCCAAAAUGAUCUUAUUACUGGCAAACAUAUAGAACUUGCUGUAAAACAUUACAAAAUAAAUGAGGUCGCCUAGGCGUGAAUGUCAGUACAUAUUGGUUUGUUGAUAAAUGUGAUAUCUUUGAAGUUAGUAGGUGUUUGCUAUGGUUACAUAAAUAU